AAGAUUAAGUUCAUUGCCAACACCUAGCUUCAACAUUCUCAAGUUUGCUUUCCAAGUUAUCUAAGAUCUUCCUACUCUUCCCUUUGAAGCACACAUCUAUCAAAAACUACAAUGGCUAUCCGCCUGCCUCAUAUCAUUAGCUCUAAGAAAGUUCCCAAAGGCUACUUUGCGGUUUAUGUUGGAGAAAACCAGAAGAGGUUCGUGAUACCGGUAUCGUUCUUGAACCAGCCUUUGUUUCAAGAUUUGCUAGGCAUGUCACAAGAAGUGUUCGGAUAUAGUCAUCCUACAGGUGGUCUCACGAUUCCCUGCAAGGAAGACAUCUUUCUCGAUGUUACCUCUCGCUUGAACUGAUUUGUGAGAGAAUUAACACAAAUCAACCCAUACAAUUUUGUAAAGCAAACAUCACUAACAUCAUGUAAACACUUUCCUUUCCCAUCCUUUUUUGCCUUGGGGAGCAGAUAAUAAGUCCCCCUAUGUGGGAAAUUAGAGAUGGUGGCUUCUGUAACAAUUGGAAACACAUCAUUCAAUUGAAAUUUUAUUUCUUUUUAGAA